UUAUUUUUUUAUGGGGACACUCGGAGUGGACCCUGCGGACCUCGUCCGGACGUAUGAGUGGUUGUCCCUUCUCGUAUCACCACUAGGGUGACGAGGUAACGCUUUGUCUGCAUAUCUGACAGGUCAAUUACCGGGACUGACAGACUGGAACAUCAUGAGGGCGAUAUAUCUUUUAGCCUUCGUCGCCGUCGUCGCGAUAUUGCCCGCGGCUGAAAGCGGAGUAUAUUCUCACGGCUCCAAGCAGACGGAGGAUCGAAAUGCCAAGUAUUAUAAGACGAGUGAGAAGGUCGCGGGACCGACGGCGUCCAGAAAUAAGUCGCAGCCGCCCCCAGGUCGGAAGGGGAUCAUCUCGGCCUGGGGGAUCAUCGCGCUGGUUCUAGGUGUCAUCAUACUCAGCACGAUCGCCUACUACGCCUUCCUACUGUACCCAUAUAUAUGUAAGAAGGAUGCGUCCUACGAUAUCAUAGAGUUGACGGAGGUAAACUCGGUGUGCACGGUCAGCGACGCCGUCAACAACGUGCCACAUCUGAGAGUAUACUGCGACUCGAACAACGUAUCGAAUGACGUAUCAAAUAACGCAUCGUUGAAUCAAUGAGAGCCUGAAAGGAUAACAUAACUCAGACAUUUAUUUUAUAAGCGUAGGUACAUUCAUUUAGAGUAACAGUAUUUUUGUACGAGUUUAAUAGCAAUUAAGUUUUAUACCAACAUAAUACUUGACUGCCAUGAGAAUCUUUGGAGUAGAAAAAUAUUAAGAUUGAGAUUACCGCGUUUUCAUACUACUUGAUAUAUGCAAGAAUGGAAUGAAUUUUUAUAAAUUUUACAACCAUUUACAAGCGAUCGACGUGGAGGUGAUUUCAUUUUUAUCGCACUUAUGUAUUGCCGUUGUGAAAGAAGACUGAAUUAUACAAACUAAGGAUUAUUUUGGACACAUGUUAGAAAUGAGGAAAUGUUAAAUGCAUCUGGAGAAUUUCUAACGUGCAACGUUUAACAUAAUCGUUAGUUUGUACAAAUAAUAUGUAACGUAUAGCAAGUUUGCUUGUAAUGGAAGACUCUAAAAGACUGUAAAAGAGUAUACUCAUUUUCAUUAGAUGACGAUAGAAAUGUUAUACUAACGCGUCACAACACAGACUGAUGUUUCUGAAUCUCCAAAUUUGGUCCCGUUAGAGGGAAAAAUUAAUUAAUGAUAGCCUUGUCCCGCGGAGCUUCUCUCUUGCGCUACUAGUAUGUAUAAAGCUCGCAAUAUUCAUAAAAAUGACUUGUGUAGAAAUGCUAUACAUGUAAAUGUAUGAUGUAUAUUUAUUACAAAUAGGAUUUUUUUACAUUAAACUAUGUGUACCUUAGAUAACUUACUUUUGAAAAGUAAGCAUCAUCAGGCCAAUAAAUGCAUUAUGACACA